GUCUUAAAUGCACUAAUGGGCCUCUGUGUCGCCUCACCAAUAGCUCUCCCGCGCAAGAAAUCGAAAUCGAAAUCAUUAUCAUCCCGAAAAUUAAAAACAUUUUUUCUUUCUUUCUUAAAAAAAAUUAAUUCGAGCGUCAGUGAAGCAGAAGAUCACAUGGAGAAGGAGAAGGAAGAGUCACUGAGACUGGCGAUCGCCGUUUCUCUCCUACGAUCGAAGAUCCAGAACCGUCUAUCUUCUUCCUCUACUUCUCUCUGCGAUGCUCCCUGCGAAACCGAUCCUCUUCGCUGGAAGCAGAAGAACCGUCGAUCGUCCUCCUCUGCUUCUCGUUGCGGUGCUCCUCCCUCCGAUACUGAUGCUCUUCGCUGGAAGCAGAAGGCGAAAGAGAGGAAGAAAGAGAUAAUCAGACUCCGGGAAGAUCUCAAGGAUGCUGAAAGUUGUGAUUUGUUCCCAGCGAAUGCUUCUUGCAAGUGUUAUUUCUUUGAUAACUUGGGAGAAUUCAGCGGCAGGCGUAUUGGAGAGGCCUCUGAGCCGAGGUUUAACGAUGCUCUUCGUCGUAGAUUUCUCAGAAUAGCAAGGAUAAGGGGAAGAAAGAAGUCAACCCGACCAUCCCAAAGAUUGCGGCUUUCAGAACCUGAAUAUGAAGACGAAGCAGAGCAGCUAAGGAUAUCUAUUGAUUUUCUCCUGGAACUGUCCCAAGCAGCGGACUCCAGUGCCUCUAAUUUCGGCAACUGGUCACAUCAGGCUGUAGAUUUCAUAUUAGCUUCACUGAAGAAGCUGAUAUCGAUGGGGAGAAACUUGGGAUCUGUUGAAGAAUCUAUUAGUUUCAUGAUUACACAGUUGAUCGCAAGAAUUUGCACUCCCUUUAAAGGAAAUGGUAACUUUAGCUGUCUAUCUUUGAUUUUGACUGUGUUUCUCUUUAUGGUUAUCAUUCCUCAUAGAUGUUGCUGUGUGUUUACAUCUGUUGUAGAGGUGAAACAACUAGAAACUAGUGUUGGAUUUUAUGUCCAACAUUUGAUCCGUAAACUGGGAAGUGAUCCAUACAUUGGACAGCGUGCAAUAUUUGCUAUUUCUCAGAGAAUAUCUAUUUUAGCCGAGAACUUACUGGUCAUGGACCCGUUUGACGAAUCAUUCCCAGAGAUGGAUGAAUGCAUGUUUAUAUUGAUACAGCUAGUUGAGUUCUUGAUAUGUGAUUAUUUGUUAACGUGGGCAGAGAAUGAAGCAUUUGAAACUGUUGUGUUUGAGGAGUGGAUAUCAUCAGUUCUCCACGCGAGGAAAGCAGUAGCUGCGUUGGAAGAAAGAAACGGGUUGUAUCUUCUUUUCAUGGACCGAGUCACAGGGGAGUUAGCUAAACGAGUUGGUCAAGUCACAUCUUUCAGGGAGGUCGAGCCAGCCAUUUUGGACAAAAUCUUAGCCUACCAAGAAUGAUACCUUUUCAGGUCAUGUCGAUGAUUAAGUCGGUGUACCGAGGAAGCUUGGCGUUUUCAUAAGGAAAAGGAGAGGAUUCAGAUACAGAAGGCCACACAGCACCACCAGAUCGGCUUCUGCAACACUUUUGCCAGGCUCCUUCCAUGUGACUGCUUGCCUCGCCUCCUCUUUCUUACUCUCUCUUGUUCUGUAGCUUUUUUUAGUUGAUGUUAGUAUAUAUUAAUGCGCUUUAGUAAUGUCAUGUAAGCAUGUACAUUUUGAAUGCUUGAGAUUAUGAACUUUAUUUACAGUUUGGUC